ACAUUACCUAAAAAAACAUUUUAUUCUAGCUGAAAAAUGUCCAAAGAUUCGUGACCGUUUCGUGAAAGAAAAAAAUAAAUGUACUUCGGGGUCUGGGGCCUCAGAUUCCAAUUGGGUGUAUUUUCCUCAUAUGCUAUUUUAUGAAAAAUAUACAAGAUCCAGAAAAACAUUUACAAGUACUAAACUGAAAACCACAUCUACUUCGAUGCAGCCCCAGCCAUCCACCUCUGCACAGAGCAGUAGUCGAUCAAACUCUGCCUGCUCUGUGUGGUCAACCACUCUAGAGAACCAAAUAUUCUCUCCAGAGAGUGCAGAGAUUGAGCUGGAGGAUGAAUUAUCAGUAUUGAUAGCCAGAGAACAACCUCAAAAGGAACCAGAAAUUGCCAUUCUAAACACCCCUAGCUCGUCAAAUCCUAAAGCUGGAAAAAGAAAGGGAAGGGAAGGGGGCGAAUUUUUAAAUGUAGCGAAGAAAAUUUGCGAAACAUUAGAUACCCAGAGGGCCAAAGCAUCCGAGCAAAAGGAUGCUAAUAGAACUUUUACUGAGUAUGCCUACUCGAGGCUGGCUGAAAUGCCAGCAGAUGAAGUGAAAAAAAAGGAGAAAAAUGUUAUUAAUUUUAGAGCAUGA